AUGAGCGAAAACUAUGCUACCUCACCGGCAACGGCUUCUAAACCUGCUCCAGCAUCGUCAUCGUCACCCGCCUCUUCUUACAGCGAAUACUCAUCCGCAUAUGUUCCUGUUCCUGCGCUUAUAGCCCAUGGCUUCCUGAUGACUUUCGCCAUUGGCUUAUUCCUCCCAAUAGGUGCCAUGGUCAUGCAGGUGGUGCCCUGGCAGAAGAAAGUGAGUCGCAUUCAUGCACCACUGCAAGCUUUCGCCCUUGCUAUGCUCGUGUCUGGGAUGGGCGUUGGCAUCUAUCUAGGUGUUUCGACAUCUAAAAUAGAUUAUUAUCAUCCCAUCAUCGGCUUCAUUGUUGUUGGAGGGUUGUUGCUCUUCCAACCUCUCAUGGGUCUCUAUUCACAUCUGCACCUCCGCAAAACCGGGGCAAGGAGUAAUUUUGCAUACGUUCAUCGCUGGUUUGGUAGGAUUAUGGUUAUACUUGGCAUUAUCAACGGGGGCUUGGGUUUCAUGCUCGCAGGGGUCGGAUCACCUGGAGUUCCACUUGGUGCGGUCAUCGCCUACUCAGUCAUCGCUGGAGUCGUAAUAAGCGCCUAUCUGGCUGUUGUUGUCUUCGGUACUGCCAAGCAGGUGGCCCAUCCUAAGCCAUGA